UGCUGUGACGGUGGCCUCUCUGAGCACGGCUAUUUGCUUGGUGGUGGCCCUAUCACAUGUAUGCCAGCAUGCAAGAAGAUGGGUAGCACCAGAGUACCAGGUUUACAUAGCGCGGAUUAUACUCUUGGUCCCUAUCUACUGCCUUUGUGCUUGGGCUAGUGUACUGCAUCCUAGCAAGAGAUAUGCCCUCGCACUGGUGAGGGAUGCAUAUGAAGCGUAUGCUCUGUACAUGUUCAUGGUCCUCAAUGUCAACUACUUGGGUGAGUAUUAUACCGAUCGGCACUCUAGAGGCCCAUUCAUAGGUGGUUCACGUCGACUGCUACUGCACUUCGACCACGGUAAUCGUGUGGAGUGGCCGUGGCCUAUACGGUGGUUCAUACCAAAGCCUCUUCCGACUGACGAGAGACUCCUGUGGCUACUCCGAGCCGGUUGCAUUCAGUUCGUGAUACUAAAACCGUUAUCAUCGGUAGCAGUGUUACUCUGUCACGCCUUUGGAGUGUACACUGAGGACACAUUGGAGAGCAGAGUGGCCUUCCUCACUAUAACAGCGAUCGUGAACACCUCAGUGUCGUUGGCUAUUUACUCUCUGGCGAUGUUCUACCGUGCAACUCGAGAGCUACUCGAGCCGUUCAGGCCCUUGCCUAAAUUCUUGCUGAUCAAGUUCAUUGUCUUCUUCCCGUGGGCGCAAAAUGUCGUCUUGAUGACUCUUGUAGAAGUUGGGAUCGUUCGGCUCAGCUCA